GCUUUCCUCGUUCCUUCUCCGUCCGCGCAACACCACCAUACCAAUCGCACUCGAGCCCAAUCCACCGACCUCGGCCGUAUCGCAACCUGGUUGUCGUCAGAAUUGACCGCUGUCUGCUGUCUCCCGCUACCACGCGAGCUCCACUUUGUACUACGGCCGUACGCGCAGCCCAUUGACAAACGAACCGGCCUGAUUUGAUUCUCGAUCGACCGCCCCUCGCCGACUCCUAAUAUUGCCCUUCCUUCGGAUUAGAGAGCUACAAUCUCAAAUUUCGCGGCGCAUGGAUGCUAUGACGACACAGCGCGCAUCGAACGGCGCCCCCAACAGUCACAAGGGGCACAAUGGCGUCCAUAGUGAUUCGGAACCUGACAGUAUCAGCACGGAGGCCAGUGAUGCGACCCUCGAGAGCGUGGACGGCGUCAAUGGCAUAACCAACGGCACCAUCAACCUCAAGAUUAACCCGCGGAGGAGUAUGAAGCGCAAGCAGUCGAGUCCGAUGAUGCCGGCCUUCAUGGUGUCGGCGCCGGGAAAGGUGAUCGUGUUUGGCGAGCACGCCGUCGUGCAUGGCAAGGCCGCAAUUGCCGCCGCUAUCUCGUUGCGCUCCUACCUUCUCGUCACGACUCUCUCCAAAUCAAAGCGGACGGUCACGCUCAAAUUUCCCGACAUCGAUUUCGACCACUGCUGGAAUAUCGACGAGCUCCCGUGGGCGACCUUUCAACAACCGUCGAAGAAGAAAUAUUACUACUCCCUCGUCACCGAACUAGACCCCGAUCUGGUUGCUGCAAUUCAGCCCUUGCUCGCCGACGUGUCCCCUGACAAGCCGCCCAACAUUCGCAAGGUACAUCAGAACUCAGCGGGAGCAUUCCUCUACAUGUUUCUGUCGCUCGGUUCCCAGUCGUUCCCGGGUUGCCAAUACACGCUACGAUCCACCAUCCCGAUAGGUGCCGGCCUGGGAAGCAGCGCUACCAUUGCCGUGUGCAUGUCGGCUGCGCUCCUCCUCCAGCUGCGGACGCUGUCCGGUCCCCACCCCGACCAGCCGCCCGAGGAGGCGCGCAUCCAAAUCGAGCGUAUCAACCGCUGGGCCUACGUCUACGAGAUGUUCAUCCACGGCAACCCGUCAGGCGUCGACAACACGGUCGCGACGCAGGGUAAGGCGGUCGUCUUCCAGCGCACAGACUACGGCAAGCCGCCUUCGGUGCGGCCUCUCUGGGACUUCCCGGAGCUGCCGCUCCUGUUGGUUGACACCAAGGUGCCCAAGUCGACGGCGCACGAGGUGGCCAAGGUCGGAAAGCUGCGCAACACGCACCCCAAGAUUGUCGGCAGCAUCCUGGACGCCAUCGACAAGGUCACGGAGGCGUCGGCCGAGGUGCUCACCGAGGCCGGCUUCGACACGCAGAGCGAGGCGGACCUGGCGCGCGUCGGCGAGCUCAUGACCAUCAACCACGGCCUGCUCGUGUCGCUGGGCGUUUCGCACCCGCGCCUGGAGCGCGUGCGCGAGCUGGUCGACCACCAGGGGAUCGGCUGGACCAAGCUCACGGGCGCCGGCGGCGGCGGUUGCUGCAUCACGCUGCUCAAGCCGGGCGUCGAUAGGUCCAAGCUGGACAAGCUGGAGGAGCAACUCGACGAAGAGCACUUUCAGAAGUUCGAGACGACGCUGGGCGGCGACGGCGUGGGCGUCCUCUGGCCGGCCGUGCUCAAGAACGGCAUGGACGAGGACGAACAGGGCGGCAUGGAGAUCGACCUGGAAAAGUUCCUCAGCGCGGAAGGAAACGAGGGUGUCGAGCGGUUGGUGGGUGUGCACGGAGGCGGGGGCGAGAGGGAAGGGUGGAAGUUCUGGAGGGUGGACAACAACUAAUCUUUAGGCCGGCUGCAAGGGACGAUGGAUCCGGGACUCGUAAUAUUGGAUGGCAUUUUUUUUCUCUUUUCCUGAGGAUUCAUGGGUUAGGAGUUCUGUUGGCAAACUGUGACUUGAGGGAUCUCCCACAGGUCCUCUGCGACUGAAGGAGCUGCUUUUCCUCUUCUUCUUCUUUUAGUGGAUGGCAACGGAAAAGGGACGGGUGGUGGCGCCUACAGCUACUCUGGCUUACUGUGGACUCCUCUGAAUCUAAUUCUCCCGUGUAGGGCUUCUUCUU